GAUAGGCUGGAUGUGGUAGCUCCUAUGGUCCCUCCUUCAACGUCCUCCCACUUGUUGUUGACAGUCACACGCGCUUCUGAAGUGAAAUGGAACUCGACCUUUCGCAGUAGAUGGCCGAAUCUAUACGUUCAAGUCGAGCUUGGUAGCGAGAGCAGACGAACGAAGACUAUCAAGAACAACGUAUCUCCCAAAUGGGACGAAUCUCUUUCUUUCAGAGCAGCGUCCCUGGACCAGUGCACAAGAUUCCAUAUUUAAUUCAAGCAUGAUUCGUCGCGCUGGACGAACAAAUAUGUAGGCGUGAUUGAAGUCGAGGUUGAUGACUUAUUGGAGAGGUGUGCCAACAGCAGAGAAGUGGAGCUUCGUCUUUAUCCACCUCGUGGUUCGGCAUCGGCGGAAUGUGCAGUAGUUCUUCAUUUACACUUAGAGACCGUGGAUGCGAUGACAUGUACUGGAUCCAAUAUCACCGCUGCAGAGCAGGCGAUCCAACAGAGUGGAGUCUCAACCUCGGCGGAUGGUACUGUUGCGACUAUUGAUGCUACCAUCAAUAACUUUGCAGACCAUGGAGAUCUGUAUAACUCCGUGGGGAGUCUAGUCUCAAAAUUGGACAUAUUUGUCAGUGCCAUGGACAUACUGUCGCAAGUGAGUGUCUGCUUGUUCUUAAACCCGUCACAAAAAGUUACAAAGCUCCAGAUUCACUCAUACGCCAACUUUGCGUGGCGGCUUGCUUCAACGAUGUACAAGACUAUCAAACAUCAGUUCGAAGUUGACAAGAAAGUCGUCGAACUCGUGCAGGCAAUGAGAGACGCAUUUGAUUUCGUUGACCAAGUUGACACUCUUCGUGACAAGACACACAAAGUCGAAGCCGUGAUUAUACAGCUCUCGAAGCAGACUAACGAGUGUUGUCUCUUCAUUCAAGAGUAUGCACGUCAUAAUUUUGCAAGUACGCUCAUUCACCAUCGUGCUAGUACCAGUUGUCUCAUUUCAUGUUAG